CUUUUGCAACUUCGAACUCAGCGUCAAUUAUAGUCGAUUGUGACAGAUCGAGAAUAUGCUUCACAGCUGGUAGGAGGGGCAUCAAUGACCGCUAGGGGGGGCAUGGCCCUCGAAUGCCCCCCCUUAGCGCCGGCACUGAUGUCAGCCAUGUGAGGCACGACACCAACAGGAAGGGUUUGAUCGGCAUCAAGCUGUCCGGAGGCUUCAGGAACCUGUGCAGAGAGCACCUGGUGUGGUGGGGUCUGUCGGUUGGGGGGGGGGGGGUCAGAUCAGCUGAGCAGCGCCUCCUGAAGAAAACCUACCCGGGCCGGACAGAGCAGCAGGUCCAGGAUCAGCAGAGAUUCCUGGGGAAGUUUGCGUCCUCGCCGGCCUUCAGGAAGAGCUCCAGGCUGAGAUCGUACCGCUUCACCUUCCCCCUUCAGGAUCUGCUGGAGGCCUACAGCCAGCAGUUUUGCGGCGGCGAGAAGCCUGUCAUGCGGGUGUAUCAGACCCACCUGUACAAACAGGAAGUGAUGUACGCAGUGCUGGUCCACAGUCCGGCCAAUCAGGAGCAGUUCUCAGAAUCUCCUCUUCUGAACGACGACCCGAACGCUGUCUGCUGCUACAGAGAUGGCCUCUUCAUCUGGAGGCCCCAGGCCAUGUGUGAAACUCACAGAUACCAGUUGAUCCGGAACGAUGAGGCUCUGCUGAUGGAGGCUCGGACCUGCAGCCCUCAGCAGUUCUAUGUUUGGGAUAAUGUGGGCAUCGCCCUGCAUGUGGAGGACAAGCUGCUGCCGUUGGAUCCGGCCCGACUGAGAGGGAAUCUGAAGUUCUGCAAAGGACAGAAACUUCACCACGUUAAGGACGAGUUUGAUGAAUUCCGAUUAGCCAACGAGACUGUUCGGAGAUUUUGGCCUGAAGACCCCUCCCCACUGGAGAGAGAUGAAGAGCAGGACAUUAGUGAAGCAGGAUGAAGGAGUCAGAGUUUAGACUCAUGCUGCCUUCACCUCACAAAGAUUACCUUCAGGAGGAUCAGGACAACACCAAACCAGGGGUCCAAAUCUGGCCGGGACACUUUGGGCAAAUGGAGACAAAGAUAAAAAGAGAGGAAACAAAACGAAAAGUGCAAACAAGCCUUUGUUGUGAGCUUUAUGUUAUGACUUGUGUCCUGUAUGCACCUGUCCCUUUUCAAUCAUUGUAUUUGAAGACUGAAAGCCGUAUGUUUGUGGGGAAAAAAGGAAAUAGUGAAAUAACGUCAUCAUUUAAACAAGGUACUGUUACUGUUUCAACAAUAAUGUAAAAUAUAACUGAGGUCUUUUAGACAAAGAACACGAAGAAGGAAAAUAAAUCAUUUAAAAAUAAUAUAUACAAUUACUUGUGUUAGGAAAGCUUUGUUUGGAUCUCUCUAAAUAACACCUUCAGAAAUACAUG